AAAAUAUGCUUUGUCCCAAUCAAAUGCAUUAAAUUCAUCUGUAUUUAAUAAAAUGAUUAUAGAAUAAGCCUACAUUUUCUUUAUUCGUUCUAAAACUCAGUUAAUAUGAAGUGGCAGGUUUGCUAUUAAUAGCAGUACUCUCUAAAUAAAGCCACUGUCCAGAUUUGGUCCAGAUAGAGCAUGUUGUAGAGUGAGCCAGCCGACCAUCCCAUCAUCCCACCAUCCAACCAGCCCCACUCUCGCUGCUGGAGGCGUUCAGCACUGGACAGCGACCCUCUCUCCUCUUCACAGAGCUUUUCCUCAUAGAGCUUUUCUUCACAGAGCUUUCUAGACAGAGCUCUCCGCGCAGCUGUGUGCUCUCCUCUCUCUCUCUCUCUGUCUGCUUUGGGUUAGUUGCAGGCAGUCUGUGCUCAGCAUGCAGAGCAGAGCUACAGGAUUACCCAGGCUGCUGUGUGCACACUGCCAGCCCACGCCUUCACUGUGUGACAGGUUUUAAAUGGGCUGCUGGAGACGCGUCUGGAGGAGCUGCUGCUGCUGCUGCUGGAGCUGCUGCUGGGUUAUCGCUGUGUUCCUGCUGGAGCUGUGAUCGUUAUUAUUGGGAGCUGCUGGAUUGGAGGUACCGGAGGCUGGAUUGCUUUCGGCGGAGCUUAAACGUCAGUGAUCCGGUGGGUCUGAGAGCGGGGCUUAAGUCUCUGAGAGAUUUCCAAACCACCUUGUAUGGUGUGUGUUUGGAUCUGUGUGUCAGUGUGUGGAUUCUCACGGUCGCUUGUUCGGACUCUGCUGGGACCAGGCAACUGUAAUCAGCAGUUCUAAGGGGAUCUCUCUGCAUAAAGCCAACCAGGAACAAACCAACCCAUCAAAUCCAGUCAAAGGUUCUAAGGGUCUUCCCAGUCCAGGAUUGUGUUAAAGUUGAUCUAGAGUUGUUCUCUCGCCCAGAGUUGGACUUUAAACAUUAAAACAAUGCCCUUCAGUCUUCUAACCAUGAGCUCCAGAGCAGCAUCAGGAUCGGGUGAAACUGUGGCUUUCGGAGGAGAGGGGCUCGACUGCAAUGCCACAUGUGCCGAGAAAGUUCAGCACCUCCCGCCAGCUUUCUCCUCCACUUAUGCGCUCACUUUGCUGGGCAUCGUGUUUGUGGUGAUCGUAAUGCUCUCUCUGACCACGCACCACUGCCACAAAGGCAAGAUGAAGAGAAGAAAGAUGGAGAGAGCGCAGGAGGAGUACGAGAGGGACCAGCGCAGCCCCGUCCCGGCCAGAGGGAAGCCUGAUUCGGGACGCUGCACCAUCAUCCGUCCCGCAUCCAAGGAUGCUGAGGCUCGGUCAGCAUCACCUGCUUCAGAUUCACCUGCCAAGCAAUGUACCACCCCUGAUGAUCCAUCCAGCACUUUGCCCACAGUCGAUGAGGACAUGAAGGGCGUGGAGGAAGCGGCUCUCGAGGCUGUUGCUGUGUCAUGAUAACCUAUGGACAUAUGAUGGACUUGGAAAUUGUAAAUAUGCAGAAAUAAUACACCAUCAAAUACCAAUAAACAAUGGAAACCAACGUAAUUCCCUGUUAGCAAUAGUAGGAACCCUGGAAAUCCAUCCAUCCAUCCAUCAAUCAGUCUACCUUGCACUGGUUUUCAAAAGAAUUCCUGGAAUUUAUGUCCACGCUGACAUACAGGGGUUAGACAAUGAAAGUGAAACACCUGUCCUUUUAGUGUGUGAAGUUUCAUGGCUAAAUUGGAGCAGCCUGUUUGCCAAUGUUCAUUAAUUGCACAUUGCACCAGUAAGAGCAGAGUGUGAAGGUUCAAUUAGCAGGGUAAGCAGGGUAAAUAUUGCAAUGCACACAACAUUAUGGGUGAUACACCAGAGUUCAAAAGAGGACAAAUUGUUGGUGCAUGUCUUGCUUGUGCUUCUGUGACCAAGACAGCAAAUCUUUGUGAUGUGUCAAGAGCCACGGUAUCCAGGGUAAUGUCAGCAUACCACCAAGAAGGACCAACCACAUCCAACAGGAUUAACUGUGGACGCAAGAGGAAGCUGUCUGAAAGGGAUUGUUUCCAAAUACAAAAACCACGGCUGAUCAAAUCACGGCAGAAUUCCAUGUGCACCUCAACUCUCCUGUUUCCACCACAACUGUCCAUCGGGACAAUAAAUUAUUGUGGUCUAAAACCAGGUGUUUCAGUUUCAUUGUCUUUUCCCUGUACAAUGUAAGCUAGAAAAAGUCCCAGCCCCCCACAUGAGCAACGCUCUCUUUCCUGUACAUACCUUCCCUCCUGCAUCGUCACUAGACUGUGAUGGAUGGUAAAAGAGCCGGACAGGACAGCUGCAGGACAUCAGAAGGAGGCGGGGACAGGAGCAUCAUCAAACUGGACAUGGAACAUUGUCCAAUGUUCUGAUCACUCUGAUGAAUUCCCUCCACUCUAAUGUUUUCCAUAGAGGACACUGUCCAAAUAUUGUCCUUAUAUUGUAUUAUGAAACAAAAAACUGACUCCUAAAGCCAGCACUGUAAGAACAGUAAAAACAGGACUUCCUGUAUUGUUGCCUGCACUACUUUAACAUAUCCAGAACUUUAACAAAAGAAAUGAAAUGAAAAAAAUGGAGCUGCUGUCUAGUAAGUGAACAAUUGAUGCAAUGAGUUUGUCAUUUGUCAUUUUUAGUCACUGUUUAUUCACUCGUUAAUUAUUCUUGAAGUUCUUUCAGAAGUUACUCUAGUCAGAAUACCAUGGCGUUCAUGUCAGAAAAUGCAUAACCAUAACCAGGAGGUGAUGAUGAUGAUGAUGAUGAUGAUGAUGAUGAUGAGGAGGA